GAACUGCUAAAGGUUUCCUGCUCUGUGGGACUCCACCCCUACACAUAAAGCCAUCCACACAAGCCGUCCCAGAGCAGAAACACCCCAGAAGGAGCCUGACACAAGUCUACUGCAACUGUGCAUGGAGGGAGACAGUAAGAAAAUGUACCAACCUGCUUCAAAUGUGGUGACCAUGCAGCCCGGGCCGGUGUCCUACCAGCCCCCACAGAAGGAUUAUUUGAUCUGGUCCAUCGUGAACCUGAUCUGUUGCUGUCUGCCCCUUGGGUUGGCAGCUCUCAUCUUCUCCAUCAAGACCCGCGAUGCCACUCAGCAGAAUGACUCAUUUCUGGCUGCCAAGCACUCCCGCACAGCCAGAUCCCUGAAUAUCGCCGCUACCGUCAUUGGGAUCAUUUUAACCAUCGUCUUCCUGGUCAUCUAUUUCCUCAUCAUUUUCAACUACAAGAAAAUACUCCAACAGAAUGGUUUCGACUAAAACACAAAAGAAAAAGAAAAAAAACAUUGGCGCCUGAGCCGACCGGCAUACCUAGCCACCCAAAAAGGGAACCAAUAAAUAAAACCUUCUAAAAAAUUA